ACUUCUUUCCUCUACAAAUGCAGCAGAGCAGGGCUGAGCCUGCAUACCACUGCUGCUGACGACUAACCUGCUCCCACACAAACACACACACUCACACACACACACACAAAGACACACUGUGCUCUCUCACGUCACACUCACUCAGCAUACAACACUCAAAGAGACGCUGAAACUCAAACCAGAGAGAUGCUACCAGCUGGCAGCCACUGAAGCCUGACACACUGCACUCAGGAAGUACACUUGACAAAGGACACGAAAGUGACCUCCUGCACUUAGACGGCACCCGAUCCCACAUCCUUCAAAAAAAAAAGGGAACCCGACGCAAGAAAAGGGAGUGAUCAUAACGUAGUGCUGAAACACGACCCAUUCAGCUGAGAAGAAGACGAGUGGACGGCUGUCUCUAGUGCCUGUGGAGAAGAAGCAGCAUGCUAGCAAAAAUCCUUGAGGACAUGUGGGUGGAGCCGGAGGUGCUUGAAGCCCUCAAUGAGGAGCAGAAGAGGAUCCUCUUCUUGAAGAUGAGGGAGGAGCAGGUACGCCGCUGGAGAGAGCGCGAGGAAAGGGACGAGAGGGAAGGAAGAGACAAUGCCAACACCAGGUCAAAGAAAGCGUACAAUAAACAUGUGAGCUGGCUGCUUGGUCGGGAUGGAGACGUGAGCAUCAGUGUGAUCGGAGAGGUGGACGAGUUCAGGUCCUCCAAACUCCUCCAGAGCCUCUCGAACAACAGGGUCCGCAGUGAUGAUGUGAUCGGCAUCCAGACAGCCGACUUGCAGCCGGGGAGAGACGGCCAGCAGCUUUCUGAUGUGAGCGAGGACCCCGCCUCGCCAAACAGUCAGCCAUGUGAAGAAGACUUGGACUCCUGCAGCGCCGAUGAUGACCUGAAAGACCGAGCUGAGGACAGCGAUAGUGAGUCAGGUGGCAGCUCGGACAACCACAGCGAGUGGACCCUUCUCUACAAGCCCCAUUUUAGUAGCCAUGGCAACCAGCCGUCGCUCAAAGCCCAGCUGUCAGGCACAGAGAUGGUCGGCCAAAAGGACAGAGAGAUGGUUUGUAGUGAAGAGAACAAGUCUGAAUAUCAAAGUCGCGUGGCACAGCUCAGGAAGACAUUCGCCGAUGAUCAUCGAAGCUCCUCACCUACCAACACCAAACCUCCCAUACCUGCCAAACCUGCUCACCUACAGAAGAAAGGCACAGCUUUGCACAGCUAGGACUCCGAGGUGUCCACCCUGCUACAGGACAGUCCAGACUGAGGACACAUACACUGGAGGAAAGGGAUCCUUGAACUUUGAACCUUGAAGGAUCAACCUACGUACAGGCCUAAGGAGUGGGCCAGAGAAAGACUUGAAAGCUUAUGAAGUCAACUUGGAGGAUAAAAAAGAAGCAGCCUUUGAUGAUGCUGAGUUACGCUCCCAUAGUUUCUGUGAUUGACAGCCAGAUGCAAAGAGCUGUCCAGAGAGACUUGCACUGACUACUGACUCUAACUGAGGACACACUGUUUUAUUGUAAAAUAAAUGUUAAUGAAGCUAGAAGCACAAGUCUGAUGAGGACCAUAUUCAUAUCCAACUGUACAGUUAAGAAAAUGUAAAUGUAGUUAUUGUUUCUUGUCGCUGUACUCUGUUAACGUAGUUAUUGGUAAAAACAAAAUAAAGAGUUACUUUGUAAAAA